CACCCGCUCUCCGUAGAUCACGGCCUGGGCGUCGGCAGUUCACUCACUGCUGCUGCGUAGGGAACAACAAACGCCUCUUCACCCACAGAGAGCUCGGAGGUGUCUCUUACAUAAACCUAAUAUAAAACAUACAAAAAAUGCAUUCAGUCACGCUGGACAGCAAUGGUUCGCCAAGGAAACGGACAAUAUCGCGGGGACUUAGCGAAGAUGAGUCUCUCCGUAGCAUUAUAAAAGAGACCGAGAGUUCGUCCAGGCGUCUAACACGAAGCGACAGCCGAGCAGGCACCCUGAAGAGGAGAACCGACAGCCAGCACUCUGACCAGGACAUCUACAUGGGACUACCAGAAAUGCUGGAGCUGCAGGCCAGCUAUGACGAGGUGGUGCAGGAGAUGCGUGGGAUGGAGGUUGAGAGAGAGACUCUGUUGUUCCAGGUGGACGUCCUGCAGGACACGCUGGAGGGUGUAGAGGAGCUGCUGGCUGAAGCCCAUAGGGAAGCUGGAGAGGCUAGUGCGGAGUUGGGACGAGAAAGGGAGGCCAAGAGGAAACUGGAGAGCAUGGUCAGCUCUCUGAUGCAAGAGGUGGAGAGACUAAAAGAGGAGAGGAAUAACCAUCCCUCUGCUCCAGAGAACACACAUGAAGGUGUGGACGAUGUGGACCAGAAAAUAAGACCAAGGGAAGAAGUGAAAGAUGAUUCAAAGGAAUUGAUGAAAGACUCCUCGCUGUGUGAACCUCACAGCCACGAGAGCAGAGGUAAUGUGUCAGACGAAGUGGUAGAGAGCGACGGGGAAGAGGAAGAAAGCGUUCUGAUGAAGCUACGUAUGAUUGUCAAUAAGCCCCUGGGCCACAUGCCCUCUCUUGCAGUGGACAACCCGUUCUCUAUAGACGGGGUCCUGCAGAGGCCUUACGAAAACGGUGCGGAGGAAGGACGGGAUUCAGACAGCAUAAGUGCCUACGAAGAUGCCUCUGCCGAGACUCCAGAGCAGGAUAGGAAGUGUCUGGGUGAAGAGGGCGUAUUUGAUCUGCCUCAUGAUUCAGAGGAAAGUUCUUCUAACAACGCUCUGGUCAAUAAUGGGGAGCCCAGUGACCCCAAAAACCCUGAAGCUUGUGUUGUGUCUUAAUCUGUUUGAUUUAAUGCUGGGCAAAAGGUCAAAGGUUAUUGAUUAUUAAUCAUUGGGUGCAAUUCGAAAGCUCUUUUAUUUAAAAUUUACCAACAUCAAUAUUUUUAUUCUUGGAUAACUUUGAGGUCAAAGCUAACAUUUUGAAAGUCUUAAUUAAGUCCUAACUAACAAGUUGAUCAAUAGAAAAUGUAUCUGCAACUAAUCAAACAAUCUAUUUAUAGUUUCAGAAGGAAAUUUAGCAAAAAAAAAAGUUAUUAUUUUUAUAAGUUAUUUUUAGAUUCUAAAAAGUCAAAGUUAAUCUUUGGGAGUUUGAAAACCUCAACAAAGACCAAGAGGUCAUUUUUAACUAUUCUGUCAUUUUAUAACUUAAUAAAGAAUGAAUCCUUCGCUUAAUUGAUAAUGAAAUUAAUGGCUAGUGGCAGCCCUUGUUGUAACACACUGUAAGUUUCUGUUUAAAAAAACUCAGGUUUCACCAGCUCCACUAAAGACUACUUAAUAUUAAUUGCCAAUUGUUUAUUUGUAAUAUCUGUCUUACCUUUUCUUUGUAAUACAUUGAUUGACAUGGAACAAAAGUCCAUGCUGCUUUGACCUUUUACCUCUUUCUUAAUCUUUAAAUAAGCUUUGUUGUAAACUAACAGCUGCCAGGACACACAAUCCGGAUUUACCUGUAGACAAAACACAGUGAGCUCUGUGAGUACCUGGACAGGGACAGUGGAUGUUUUCUCCAAUCACAUUUAUAAAUCCGAGUUGGAUGAUUUUUCAGACACGCAGUUAUUAAAUGCAUUUAAAGAUAUUUGUUGUUACUGUUUCCAGCUGCAGAGCUCACUGUACAGAAAGUGUAGGACAUGUUUAUCCAUUUUUGGAAGCUCAGAGCAGCUACAGGUAAUCAAAGGCAGUUGUUUGGAGGGAUAUAAGAUACAAAUUAAAUUAAGGGAAAAUGCCAUCUUUUUGCUGCCUUGCUAAUCUUUAAAAGAAGAUUUAUUUUUUUAUCUUUUUUAUAACCGUCCCUUUUUCCUGUGUUUAGGUUGAAAUUAGGGAAAUUGAUUUGGCUGCAUUUGCACUUUCUAAAGUUCUUGUAUUGUGGCAUAAAUGUGUCCGAUUACAUUAGAAGCAACAUUCCCUAAGUAACCAAACACGUCAGCGAGAAUGAAUCAGCUGACCUGCAGCAGGCUGCCUGCGUGGUAACACUGUACGUUUGCACAUUUGCAGUGAAACUUGCUGAAACUAGUCUCUUUGUAUGUCUGAUUGCUGUAAACACUUUGUAUUUAAUCGCAAUUUUUUAAUUUUGUGUUUAUGUGAUGUUACAUUUCCUAAAAGCUUAAAUCAAAGUAGACCCUUUCACCUCAUUUGUGAUCAUUUUUGCAUGAGCACCUAAGAAUGUACAUCAAUUUCCAAACUGCACAUGAAUUGAUCCGCCAUUUAUUAGUGCUUUUGCACGCAGUACACUUAAAUUAAAUCAUGCUUUGAUCUAAGGUGUAAACUGCAAAGAUUUUGAAGGGACUUUUUUUUGUUGCAAAUGUAUCACUGUCAUUUAACUAACAAAUUGUUUACUUAAAGGGGAAAAAUUCACAUAACACUACUAAUCUUAAAAUAAAUCUCAAUUUGAUAUCUGAAAGUGUUACGAGGAAAACAAAAGUGGAACAAGAUUUUUAGUCAUUUAAAAAAUGGGUCGAAUGUUUGCAGAAUUUAGCUGCUUAUCAUUUUGUGGGUUUGUAAUAUUUGUAUUCAAUCUUUUUUACUGCUUUUAUCACAGUCUUAUUUCACAUAAUGCUGGUUCACAUGAGAAUACUUGAUUACCGGUUAUGUUGGCUGCCAUGAUGCACAAGCGGCUCAGAGUACUUUGUGGUGGGAGUCAGAUGUUACUGUGGUGCUGUGUGUUGGCACUGCAGUCAGUUGUUGAUCAGGUCAGAUGGUUUUACAUGAACACACAAUCAUUGAUUGUUUUUGUCAACAAUUAUAUUUUAUGUUACCAAUGAUUUUUGUCCAGGUCAAAGGAUUUGCUUUGUUGUAAUAAACCAAUAAAGUUAUGUUACUUUGACUUUUUUAAUCUGAUCAAUCAUCAUUUUUAAAUGUUCUUCAUUUCCAUAUAUAGCGCUGUUCAGCAUCGUGAGCAAACAGACUCUUGUGGUGACAUUGGUGCAAAAACAAAUGUUCUUACUGUAAUUUGGUGCAUUUUAUGGCUCUAUAUAUUUUCGACUUGUCCUGAGCUUUGAUGUAUCAGUAAGUUACAACAAUGUAUACUUGUAUUGGGAAUCACGUUUGAGACAUAUCAAAAUAAAAAAGGUGAACAAUG